AACUCUCCACACAAACACACACACACACACCAAGUCAGCGCUACUGAAAGACACACAAGCAGGGACCACAGCUUGCAGACAUGUCGUUUUUCUCCAAAUUUGUGGGCGGCAAGGCCAAUGACUACGUCGAUCAGGCUGUCGACGGGGCAGCGGGUGUCGCUAAGGUGAAGGUGAAGGAAUUUCUGGGAGGUGACACGAAAAAGGACGAGGGUAAGAAAGAGGAAGGAGGAGGAGGCGGUAUUGCCGGGUUCCUCUCAGGGAAGGAUGAUGACAAGAAAGAACAAGGAGGAGGCGGUAUUGCUGGGUUCUUCUCAGGGAAGGACGACGAGAAGAAAGAGGAGGGAGGAGGAGGCGGUAUUGGAGGUCUUCUCUCCUUCGGGAAGGAGGAAGAGGAGAAAGGAGGAAGCGGAGGUGGAGGUGGAGGAGAUCUUACAGACAUGCUGGGAGACGUCGCGCAGGAAAUGGCCGGGGACGCUGUCAAGGGCAAGGCUACGGACGCGGCCGUCUCCUUCGGGAAGAGCCUCUUCAGCUGAGCCUUCACUCCGAUUACAAGGCCUUCACACACACCCCAGCUCCUCCCCACCUCCAGCCCCUAUACUGCCCCCACCUGGGAACACCAUUCAUCCAAGUGGACUUCCUCACUGUCCCAGCCUCUGAGAGGGAUUGGCUGGAGCAGCCUCUCUUAGGACUAUACCCUCAAAAAAAAAAAAACGCAAGCCUUUUCUCCAGCAUGGCUGAUUGAGGAUGCCGAGUGACCACUCGCAAUCGUUUGUAAUUAUGAUUUAAAAUAAAUGUAUAUGCAAUAUUUUAUUUCCUGCCUGGUGGGGUUUUAAUAGCUUUACGUGCAUAACACACAUUUACUUACAUUCGAGUUCACACUCAUAGGGGAAGCAUGGUGGAGGAAUCAUGGAAAGAGACGUGAGGACCCAUUUCUGAAGCAAUGGGAUUCACCCACACAGACCAGCUUCAGUCAUGUCUACCUGCAGCCCUAACUGUAAUGCCAUGCUCUGCCUCUUUACCCUGGUCGUUUCACCAUGGGUUCAUCUCUAUCUGUCACAGUGGGCUAAUGUAGUGCAUGGGCCAUAAAAUCAGGUAUAUGAAGGUGAAACAGGCAAGCAAUUCUACAGGAACUGUACUGGAUCACUGCAUCUGAGUGGCCAAAUGAUUACUCUGAAUUUAAUCUAAAACCCUAAUAAACUUAAAUCUUCCUGUGAUUUGGUAAGGCAUUGAAAAAAUCCACACAACAUCACUGUGGUGCUAGCAUUUAUCGGCCUUCACACUUGCUCUCACACUCUGAAUACACAUUCAUUUUCCCUUUGUGUGGAUUACCCAGUGUUGCUAACAUGUACAUUGUAACACUGCAGGUUGUAAAAGUGUAAAUGCACAGCACAGAAAUAAAGACUCAAUGAAGGAAAUGCA